AUGACAGAGCCAGCACCUGCGGAGCAAGCCGGCAGUGAUGGGCUACCAAGAGUGUCUCACAACUCUGGCCUGCCGUACCCGCAUUGCGAUGAAUCCCCGUCAGAUGAGCUGGCUUGCCUGGCCUUGGUUAAGUCUAUGCCAAUUGCGAUCAUAGGAAUAGGGUUCCGGGGUCCAGGCGAAGCGACCAAUGUUGAAAAAUUAUCAGAAAUGAUUCUCACAGGUCGCGAAGCAUGGUCCCCAAUUCCGGGAGAAAGAUGGAACAACGCUGGAUUUUAUCACCCAGACCAUAGUUGGCAUGGGACGGUCAAUGUAGAAGGGGGUCACUUUAUACAAGAGGACGUAUCACUUUUUGAUGCGCCGUUCUUCAACAUGACGAGCGAUGAAGCAGCGGCCAUGGACCCCCAGCAAAGACUCCUUUUGGAGGUGACCUACGAAGGUCUGGAAAACGCUGGCAUUCCGAUACCCCAGAUUAUGGGGAGCAAAACUUCGUGCUUCGUUGGAUCUUUCUGUGCGGACUAUACAGAUAUUCUUCUCCGUGACCCUGAGUGCGUGCCUAUUUACCAAUGCACCAAUGCCGGCCAGUCCCGUGCGAUGACGGCGAAUCGGGUCUCAUAUUUCUUCGAUCUCAAGGGACCCAGCGUGACAGUCGAUACAGCGUGUUCUGGCAGUUUGGUUGCAUUACACUUGGCAUGCCAGAGCCUUUGUACCGGCGAUGCUUCCACAGCAAUAGCUGCCGGGGUCAACCUCGUUCUCAGUCACGAGUUCAUGUCGACUAUGAGCAUGAUGAAAUUUCUUUCACCAGACGGACGAUGCUAUACUUUCGAUGAAAGAGCCAAUGGAUACGCCAGAGGAGAAGCAGUUGGAUGUCUGAUUCUAAAGCCGCUAUCCCAAGCGUUACGAGAUGGGAACACGGUCCGGGCGGUGAUCCGAGGCACUGGCACAAACCAAGAUGGUCGAACUCCCGGAAUUACAUUACCCAGUGGUACUGCCCAGGAGACAUUGAUCCGCGAUGUCUAUGCACGCGCUGGGCUUAGUCCAACCGAUACGGAUUUUGUGGAGGCUCAUGGUACGGGAACCCAAGCCGGAGACCCCAUCGAAACUGGUGCAAUAUCCCGAGUCUUUGGACCAGAACGUGCAGAGAAUGAUCCGUUGCGAAUAGGUUCAGUCAAGACUAACGUUGGUCACCUUGAAGGUGCCAGUGGAGUGGCCGGGGUCAUUAAAGCAGUAUUGAUGUUGGAGAACCGCACAUUCUUUCCAAAUCGCAACUUCAAAAACGUGAAUCCACGCAUACCAUUGGAUGAUUGGAAAUUAAAGCCCUGGGAGACCACAAGACCACGUAGAGUUUCCGUCAACAGUUUCGGAUACGGAGGAAGUAAUGCUCAUGCCAUUAUUGAAGAUGCACAGGGAUACCUCAUGGCUCAUGGAAUACAAAAAGGACUGCAGAAGCGACGCAAAUCCCCACAUGAGAUGCAAGGAAGGCAUCGGCAGACGGAGAUGGAGCCGCUGCAAACGAACGAUGCGCGCACCCCACCUACUCGGAAGCGAGUAUUUAUGUUAUCUGGGUUUGACGAGCGAUCAUGCCUCGAACAAUCCCAGAGGCUGCGCAAAUACUUGCUUGAAAAGCAGCGAAUAGGUGAACAUGACUUCCUACUUGACCUGUCGUUCACGCUCAACGAGCGUCGCUCGAGGUUCAUGUGGAAAACUGCAGUUGUUGGCGACUCAGUUACUAGCCUUGCAGAUGCAAUUUCUGCAAGCACAAAACCCAAAAAUUCCAUUCGAACACCUACAAUUGGCUUCGUAUUCACAGGCCAAGGUGCCCAAUGGGCCGGCAUGGGAAAAGAAUUGCUGGAUGCGUAUCCUGUAUUCCAGGAAUCUAUAGCAAAGAUUGAUGUAUAUCUCCGCCACAUCGGAGCACCAUUCACUGCUCGAGAGGAGAUCAUGAAACAGCCAGAGGAAUCCGAGUUGAAUCAUCCCCUACUUAGCCAAACAAUAUGCACCGCGUUGCAAAUAGCACUGGUCGACCUUUUGAAUGAUUGGAAGAUAUUCCCCGAUUCAGUGACGGGGCAUUCGAGUGGAGAAAUUGCUGCUGCAUACGCAGCGGGUGCUCUCAGCAUAGAAGAUGCUAUGGCUGUGGCCUACUACCGCGGCCUUUCUGCAAUCCAAGUUUCAAUUGAACAUGAAGCAAAGGGCGCAAUGAUGGCGAUUGGAAUGGUCCCAACCAACGUUCAGCCUUAUCUUGACCGUCUCAUCUCGGGUAAAGUAGUAGUUGCGUGCGUCAAUAGCCCAUCAAGUAUUACGGUAUCCGGUGAUGUCGCUGGAAUCGAUGAACUGCAGCAGAAUUUACACGACAAGCAAGUAUUCACUCGAAAGCUUGCUGUGGAUGUUGCAUAUCACUCUCAUCAUAUGGAGCUUGUCGCCAAGGACUAUCUCCAGUUGAUUUCCGGGAUCACGCCACUUACCCAGACUUCAAUUCCACACCAUGGUGCUCGAGCUCGGCUACCAGCCUUCUUUUCCUCAGUUACUAGCAAAGAAGCUAAGAACGAGGACCUUGGUCCACAAUAUUGGGUAUCAAAUUUACUUAGGCAGGUUUCUUUUGCUGAAUCGGUUAAAACCCUUUGUUUUGAGACAAACAUCAAAAGAAAGGAAAUAGGAACUCCGGCCAACAAACGCACGAGACGAGCUGGUGCAGCGCAAAAAGUCAAUGUGGAUUGUCUUUUGGAAAUUGGUCCACACUCAGCACUCUCUGGACCUAUUACGCAGAUCCUCCAAGCAGAUCCAAAACUCAAUGCAGGGCAAAUAACUUAUGCCAGUAUCCUGACUCGAAAAAUCCACGCUGUCACAACAGCGCUGAAAACGGCGGCAUUGCUCGUCUCUCUCAGUUACCCAGUUGAUUUUGACGCUAUCAAUUCUCCGGUAGGAAAUACUUAUACCAGAAAGCCACAGUUGUUAAUCGACCUCCCCCCAUAUGCCUGGAAUCAUACACGAUCAUACUGGGCAGAGCCGCGACUGAGUAAAACGUUUCGAAAUCGCAUGCACCCUCGAACUGAUUUACUCGGUGUUCGCGAUAACAUGGCCUGUCCUUUCGAGCCUAGAUGGCGGAAAUAUCUUCGACUAUCAGAAUUGCCGUGGCUUGCUGAUCACAAAAUUCAGUCGAAUAUUGUGUAUCCGGCAGCCGGUUACAUAGCCAUGGCCAUUGAGGCAUCCCUUCAGCUUGCAAAAAACCAAAAUAUUGUUGGUGUUGUUAUAAAAGACAUAUCGAUAGAGUUUGCUCUGGUAGUAAGCGAGACAGCUCCGGUCGAAAUAAUGCUGUCGCUUCGAGAAAUUGAGCAGACCACAAGUGACGAAUUCGACCAGUUGCAUAACUUCUGUAUCUACUCCGUUACAGAAGAUAACAAAUGGACUCUGCACUGCACAGGCGUUGUUGGAGUGCAGAGCAGUGAAAAUAGUGAUGUGAUGCUUCUGGCAAGCGAGGAAAUGAUAGAGCAGGAGAUCGAUGGCUUUGUUUCAAUACCGUCUGAGACAGAAAUUCACGGCAUAUCAGUGGUAGACACCAACAAGCUUUAUGAUCAGCUCCGCACUGUUGGUUUGGAAUAUGGACCUUGCUUCUCCAAUCUGACAGAGGCUCACGCGACCCACGAUGGGACUUGUUUCGGCGAAGUCACUGUUCCAGAAACCGGGACCUUGAUGCCGAUGGCAUUUCAGUACCCAUUCUUGAUUCAUCCUUGUACUCUCGACAGUGUUUUUCACACGAUAUUUGCGGCUCUACCAGUCUACAUGGGAUUAGAGCAGGGUCCGGUAAUCCCAGUUAGAAUUGACGAGAUGCGACUAUCUUCCGGAAUCACUUGCCUACCGGGGGAUGUUCUCAGCGUUUGCACUCAUGUUGUUCCAGGACCCCAGGGAGAUGUUCUUGCAUCCAUUGCGAUAGUGGAUCAAAACGCCGGGCAUCAGUGUUCUGAUGGAAGUAUUCUAAUUCACGGACUGCGAUGCACGCGCCUUGAUCACGGUUCAAGUGAACGAUACACAGACUCUUCUACAGGUAUUGCCUACAACAUUGAGUGGAAGCCAGACCCCGAGUUCCUUUUCUACAUGAAGGAAUCAGAACUUCCCCACCAAGCUCAAGGAUCGAGAACUAUAGAUAUGCCACCGUUUGAAGUGCUCGAAAUUUGUGCCGUGGACUGUCUAAGGACAGCUAUUGAUGGAGUUGAUGGGGAUGAGAUGAAGAAGAUUGAUAAUAUCGACCGAAAUUACCUUUCUUAUCUCAAAAAGACGCUUCGAUUGUAUGAUGCAAAUUACCGUGAGGCAACCAUCCCAAGGUCCGUCGAUAUUGAGUGCAUAAGAACAUCUGGACCUCUUGGAGAAAUGCUAUGCAUGCUUGGCGACCUGCUUGCUUCAGGCAUCCAACGGCAUGCCCCAAAGCUAUGUUCGAUCCAGAAAGCUCAGCUCUGGGAUAUCUUCUCAGAAAUCCCAUCAUACCAGCAAACGUUCGCGAUGGCUUCUGGAUAUCUAGAUUUGAUCGCAAACAAGACACCGGAAAUCACGAUUCUUGAGAUAGGUGCCGGAAUGGGCCAAACAACGAAGCUAUUCUUACAAGGGAUUCUCGACAAAUGGGGAAUGCCUCGCUGUUUAGAAUAUACCUUUACUCAUCCAGACAAAUCUGUCGUCGAGAAGGCGACCAAACAGCUAGAAUCUUGGUUAGAUUGGGUAUCCUGCAAGCAACUGGAUGUGGAACAUGAUCUCGCCGAACAAGGCUUUUCAAAUUCUCGGUACGAUAUUAUUAUUAUACCGCAUGGGUUAUACGGCAUUUCAUCUACUCACCAAGUUCUGACUACGAUUGAACAUCUUCUCAUGCCGUCCGGCUAUCUGAUGUACAUUGAUCUACUUCAGAAAAGACAUAACCCGAUAGAAGAUCUUAUAUUCGGUGCUCUAUACAACUACCAGCUGGGUGAUGUGCAGGAAGGUGGCAGCAGUGAGUCGGACCAAGUUCAAUGGUCCGAAAAAUUCGAUGAACUAUCGCUUUCAACCUCUAAUCUUGACGAUGAUGUUAACGUCUCUGGUGCGGGAACCUUGACAAUUUGCAAACAUAAGAUAACUGCAUUAAAAAAAGAGACAGGUGUUCUUGUUAUCUGCGAACAGGGGUAUUGUGAGAUUGACUUAGGGUCAUUACAAAAGCAGUUAAUGACGCUGUUUAUCGAAGUGUCAAUGACUGACAUCACUCACGCCCAGCCAACAAACCGUAUCUGUAUAGUUCUCAGCAGCUUGCACGUACCAUUACUAUCACAUUGCGAUGAACAGACAUUUAAACAAAUCAAGGAUAUCUUCCUCUGCAGCGCAGCUGUACUUUGGGUGACUCGCGGAGGCACAAUGAAGUCUACGAACCCAGAAGCCGCCUUGGCGACUGGCUUUGCACGAACGGCACGUUCGGAAUCCGGCGUGAGCAAGAUAAUUACCCUUGACCUCGACGGUCAAAACCCUCUCUCCGGUGCUCGUACAGCAGAAUUAAUAUAUGACGUGAUCAACUGCCGGUUUCUACAACCAAACAUUGCCGAUAAUGAUAUGGAAUAUGCGGAGCGCGAGGGAAAAUUAUUCAUUCCCAGGAUUGUCGAGAACGCCGUGGUUAAUGGGACAAUAUACGCAAUUCAGGAGACAGACACUGUGAUUGAACAGCCAUUCCGACAGCGGGACCUCCCUCUCCGCGCGCCACGACUGACCGCAGGAACUCUCUCGGCUCCUUAUUUUCUGCCUGACCGGACUACGACCGAGAUUCCUGUCGGAUAUGUUGGGGUGGAGGUGCAUUCCUUUGGGCUUAGUGAGAGAGACAUCCAAGACCUUUAUCAAACAAUGGAGGCGGAAAGUACACUCGGUCUAGAAUGCAGUGGAACAGUUUAUGCUCUCGGUGCUGGAGUACAUGGCUUCUCGGUUGGAGACCGAGUCGCUUGCUUUGGAGUUGGGACUGCAAGAAGCUUCUAUCACGAUCGAGCAUCGGCAUUUCAGAAAAUGGAUGAUGAGAUGCCGUUCGAAUUUGCCGCAGCCUUGCCCGUGGGGUACUGUACGGCUUACUACGCUGUGCAUUGCUUGUCCCAAAUCAAAUGUAACGAUGCAGUUCUCAUUCUCGAUGCCGCCAGCUGGUUUGGACAGGCGAUCGUUGACAUGUGCUGCGUACGGGGUGCACAGGUGUUUGCAACUGUUACCACCGCAGCACAAAGAACGUUCCUGACAUCGAGAUUUGAUAUCCCAUCAAAUCAAAUUUUUGACGCUUCGGAACACUUUAUCAGCAGUAUUUUGAGAUUAAAUGGAGGCAAGAAGGCGGAAAUCGCAAUUAACUGUGGUUAUAGUAAUGACCAAAGUCUCCGACUUGCUUUGAACUGUGUGGCCUCAUUUGGACAAUUUAUCCAGAUUCGGAGUCAAACGUCCACCACGAACUGCAGAUUAGAAAUACCCUCUUGUCCAAAGAACAUCUCUUACUCAACUUUCAAUCUUUUCGAGCUCCGACGAGACAGAAGCGAUCUAGCCGACCAGAUAUGGUCCAAGGUCUUUCAGCUUUUCCGCACUGGAAGGCUUCGCGGCCCUUCAUCUAUAACGACGUAUAAUGUGGCCAAGAUUGAGGAUGCUUUGAGAUCAAUUCCUCUCGAAAGGCAUGUUGUUGUGGUUUCUGGGCCAGAGGAUACUGUUAAGACCAAACUUCCAAUGGUCCCACAGAUUUUAUUCCAUACAGAAGCUUCCUACCUCCUCGUAGGCGGACUUGGAGGUAUAGGUCGGGCAGUGGCUCUUUGGAUGGCAGAACGCGGAGCAAGGAACUUGGUAUUUGUGAGCCGAAGCGGACUGUCCAAUGAAUCCUCCCAUCAAACGGUCCAAGAACUUGAACAGAAAGGUGUUCGGGUCACAGUACAAACCUGUGAUGUUUCAAAUGAGGAAGAUACCCAACGAACGAUACUCGAAAUUUCCCAGCGUGUCCCCCCCUUCAGAGGACUUAUCCAAGCUGCCAUGGUAUUGAAGGACGCUCAUAUUGACAAUAUGACCUUGGAGGACUACCAUACUGUUCUACAACCCAAACUUGCGGGAACAUGGAAUCUACAUCGCAAUCUACCCCGAAACCUCGACUUUUUCGUUAUGCUAUCUUCAAUCAGUGGGGUGAUCGGCAAUGCCACACAGGCCGCCUAUGCAGCCGGAUCAGCAUUUAUGGACUCACUAGCAGCAUACCGGAACACACUCGGUCUUCAUGCUGUAUCAUUGGAUCUUGGAACAGUCACAGACGUCGGCUAUCUUGCCGAGAACCGGGAUCUAGCAGAGAAAAUGGCGAGGCAAGGUUUCCAGGGGACGGAUACAUCUACCGUAAUGUCUCUCAUAGAAGCUGCCAUUUUACAGCCACGGGAUGGAAGUGGUGUCUCGCAGAUAGUGACCGGGCUAGGACAGUGGAGGGAAGGCGAGUCGCUUGGAAAUUUCGACGCGCCGCUGUUUUCUCAUUUCCGUCACCGUUUCCGCAUGCAAUCAGACAUAGGGAUACCCGACACUUCCAUUAUAACUCUGCGCGAUGGACUAAAAACUUCGAAGACUUUGGAUGAAGCUACGGGGUUGAUUUGUGAAAUGCUCAUCGAGAGGAUUGCUGCUCAUCUCACGAUAGCGGUGGAGAGUGUCAACCCUGCCAACGGCGUUUCGGAGUACGGAGUCGACUCCCAUGUCGCGAUCGAACUGCGCAACUGGAUAUCAAAGACUAUGGAUAGCACUAUACCCAUCCUGGAGAUCCUGGCAAGUGGUACAUUGCUGGAGUUGGCGGGAAAGAUUGCCAGCAAGUCUCAGCUUGUUAGUAUCAACGCCGAUGAAUAG